CAUCGUUAUUGCAUGCAGCGGAGACACAGCACAAUUGAGCACAAGUGCAACAAAGAAAGAAACAAAGCAAAUCAACAUGAUGAAUGCCGCUGUCCACACCCAGUACCAGGCUCUGGCCUCCUCCGCUUUCCACACCCACCUUCUCCCCAGCUCUAAGCUCUCCAGCAUCCGAUCACGCCCACGGCUGGCACGGCGGCUUCCAAUCCAAGCCCUCAAGACAACCCACCGGCCCAACGCCGUCGCCACUGUUGUCGCCCCCCUGGAGCGAUCAUCAUCAUCCGCCGCAUCCGGAUUGACGAUCCUCCCCAGCACCGUCGACAACCGCUUGCGCGUGAUCGACUUCCACCACGCGGAGUUCUGGUGCGCCGAUGCCGCCUCCGCCGCGGCCCGCUUCUCCUCCGGCCUCGGCGUGCCGGUCGCCGCACGCUCUGACCUCUCCAUGGGGAACACCGUCCACGCCUCCCACCUCCUCCGUUCGUCGUCCCCGGGCAGCUCUAUCGCCUUACUCUUCACCGCGCCCUACGCCGACGCCGCCUCGUCUUCCUCUUCGUCCUCAUCCUCAUCCACCGUGCCCUCCUUCUCCGCCGACGCCGCACGCGCCUUCACCGCGGCGCACGGCGGCCUCGCGGUGCGCACCGUGGCCGUCCGGGUGGCCGAUGCCGCCGAGGCCUACCACGCGAGCGUCGAAGCCGGGGCGCGCCCGGCUUUCGCCCCUGUCGAUCUCGGCCAUGGGUUUCUUUUUGCGGAGGUGGAGCUCUACGGAGACUCCGUCCUCCGCUUCGUGAGCUACCCGGACGACACGGAGGUACCCUUCCUGCCAGGUUUCGAGAACUUAGUGUCUUCGAGCUCAAAGGCUUCGGAGGAGGACUACGGGCUCACGCGGUUCGACCACAUCGUCGGCAACGUGCCAGACCUAGGCGAAGUGGCCAACUACAUCGCCGGCUUCACGGGGUUCCACCGGUUCUUCGAGUUCACCACGGAGGAGGUCGGCACGGAGGAGAGCGGGCUCAAUGGCGUGGUCCUCAGCGAGGGCUUCGACACCGUGCUGCUCACCGUCAUCGAGCCGGCGCACGGCACCAAGCGCCGGAGCCAGGUGCAGACGUACCUGGACCACCAUGGUGGCCCCGGGGUGCAGCACCUGGCCAUGGCCAGCGACGACCUGCUCGCCACGCUCAGGAAGAUCCGGGCCCGGCCGGCGUCCAUGGGCGGGUUUGAGUUCCUCCCGACGCCGCCGCCCAGCUACUACGACGGCGUGAGGCGGCGCAUCGGGGACGUGCUGUCGGAAGCGCAGAUCAAGGAGUGCGAGGAGCUGGGCGUGAUGGUGGACAGAGGAGAUGACGAUGGAGUUGUGCUCCAGAUCUUUACAAAGCCCGUAGGAGACAGGCCAACCCUACUGUUGGAGUUUAUCCAAAGGAUCGGUUGCAUGGGCAAGGACGAGAACGGGAAGCAGAGGGGUGCCUGCGGCGGCUUUGCGAGGGGCAACACCACUGAUUUCAUCAAGGCCUACGAGGACUAUGACAAGACCCUUGAUGCUCCUGCACCUUCCCAAACAAAUUAAAACAACAUGCACGAUACCACUCUCCAAUAACCUUAUCAUAUAUGUUUUGAAUAUAGAAAUAAUUAAGCACUGUGACUGAAUCAUGAAUACAUUUGAAACUGAAUGAACGUUCAAUAUAUCGGGUACCACGUAUCAUAAUAUGCAUGAUGUACAACUAUAGCUCCUAUAUACUUUCUGUUCUUUCGGAGAACUGUAUAAUGUACUACCAAUAUUGUAUUGUAGACUGUUCCUAAAAAAAUAUUGUAUCAUAGACCCUUUGCAUGAUAUAAGAAUAUAUAAACGCAGGGAUUGUGAUUUUUGUGUAAUUAAUUUUGAAAAAUUA